UGUAGUUUUCGUCCGUUUCUUCUCUGAAGGCUGCCCAAACCAGAACCAAAUCAGAAACCACCAUCAAACCACGAACCAAUACCUCUCUCCUUCCUUCUUCCCGCCGCUCAGCGUCUCCGUCGAGAGACCUGUAGCUUACAAACUUGAAGAACACUUAAAGGGAUCUGGAUCUGUAUAAUUUCGUCCUUUUUGUUAAAAGAUGAGAGAGGCUAGAGAUGGGUCCAAGAAAGACAUGCACUCAAAAAAUCCAUCUGUCAGUUCACUUCCCCUCAUUUUGGAUGUCGACGAUUUUAAGGGUGAUUUUUCCUUUGAUGCAUUGUUUGGAAAUUUGGUGAAUGAUCUCCUUCCAUCAUUUCAAGAGGAAGAAAGUGAUUCAAUAGAAGGACAUAACAACAUCAGUAAUGAUGUCUUCUCUAAUGGGCAUUUACGGGGACAAUCAGAUACAAUUAAAUUUUCCCAAGGGCUGUCUACUCCUUUGUUUCCAGAAGUCGACAAGCUCUUAACCUUGUUCAAGGAUUCCAGCCAAGAGUUGGUUGAUCUUCGAAAACAGAUCGACGGUAAACUUUACAAUCUCAAGAAAGAUGUUGCUGCCCAAGAUUCCAAGCAUCGCAAGACACUUGCUGAGUUGGAAAAAGGUGUAGAUGGCCUGUUUGACAGUUUUGCACGGUUAGAUUCACGUAUUUCGAGUGUUGGACAGACUGCUGCGAAAAUAGGAGACCAUCUGCAGAGUGCAGAUGCCCAAAGGGAAACUGCUAGUCAAACAAUUGAGUUGAUAAAGUACUUGAUGGAAUUCAAUGGUAGCCCUGGUGACUUAAUGGAGCUUUCACCAUUAUUUUCUGAUGAUAGCCGUGUUGCAGAGGCAGCCUCAAUUGCACAAAAAUUGCGAUCAUUUGCUGAGGAAGAUAUUGGACGACAAGGAAUUGUGGGAAAUGCAACUGCCAGCAGGGGUUUAGAAGUUGCAGUUGCUAACCUUCAGGACUACUGUAAUGAAUUGGAGAAUAGAUUGCUGUCUCGUUUUGAUGCAGCAUCACAAAGAAGAGAACUAUCUACUAUGGCUGAAUGUGCGAAAAUUCUGUCACAGUUUAACAGAGGCACUAGUGCCAUGCAACAUUAUGUAGCAACACGUCCCAUGUUUAUUGAUGUUGAAAUUAUGAACGCGGACACCAGAUUGGUCCUUGGUGAGCAGGGUUUGCAGGCCACUCCGAGCAACGUUGCUCGUGGGUUAUCUUCCUUGUACAAAGAAAUUACAGAUACUGUACGAAAAGAAGCUGCAACAAUAAUGGCCGUAUUUCCUUCUCCCAACGAUGUUAUGUCGAUCUUAGUCCAGCGUGUAUUGGAGCAACGGGUCACAGCUCUUUUAGACAAGUUAUUGAUGAAGCCUUCCCUUGUGAAUAUUCCUUCAAUGGAAGAAGGCGGGCUUUUGUUAUACCUUAGAAUGCUGGCGGUGGCAUAUGAGAAGACACAAGAGCUUGCAAGAGACCUACGAGCUGUUGGCUGUGGUGAUUUGGACGUUGAAGGCCUCACGGAGUCUUUGUUUUCUGUUCACAAGGAAGAGUAUCCUGAGCAUGAACAGGCGUCUCUCAGGCAGCUAUAUCAGGCUAAGAUGGAGGAGUUGCACGCCGAGAAUCAGCAGGUUCCCGAGUCAUCUGGUACUAUAGGACGUUCAAAAGGAGCUUCAGUAUCAACUUCACCUCAGCAAAUAUCUGUUACUGUUGUUACAGAGUUUGUGCGUUGGAAUGAGGAAGCAAUUUCUAGAUGCACUUUAUUCUCAUCUCAACCUGCUACUUUGGCGACCAACGUAAAAGCUGUGUUUACUUGUCUGCUUGAUGAAGUCAGUCAGUAUAUCACAGAUGGGCUCGAACGGGCUAGGGAUAGCUUGACGGAAGCAGCUGCUUUGAGGGAGAGGUUUGUGUUGGGUACUAGUGUUAGUAGAAGAGUGGCGGCUGCAGCUGCUUCUGCAGCAGAAGCAGCUGCAGCAGCAGGUGAAAGCAGUUUCAAAUCUUUCAUGGUUGCUGUACAACGUUGUGGUAGUAGUGUGGCAAUAGUCCAGCAAUACUUCGCAAACUCGAUUUCCCGGCUCUUGCUUCCUGUGGAUGGUGCCCAUGCUGCUUCGUGCGAAGAGAUGUCAACAGCUAUGUCAAGUGCAGAGGCUGCAGCUUAUAAAGGACUACAACAGUGCAUUGAAACUGUAAUGGCUGAGGUUGAACGGUUGCUUUCUGCUGAGCAGAAGGCUACGGAUUAUCGGUCUCCUGAUGAUGGAAUUGCUCCUGAUCAUCGGCCAACAAUUGCUUGCACGAGAGUUGUGGCUUACCUUUCUCGCGUGCUCGAGUCUGCAUUUACUGCCCUUGAAGGCCUUAACAAGCAGGCUUUCUUAACUGAGCUGGGAAACCGGUUGCACAAAGGCCUCCUGAACCAUUGGCAGAAGUUCACUUUUAAUCCUAGUGGAGGCCUUCGUCUGAAGCGUGACAUAACGGAGUACGGAGAAUUUGUUCGCAGUUUUAAUGCUCCUUCUGUUGAUGAAAACUUUGAGUUACUGGGCAUCUUGGCCAAUGUCUUUAUUGUUGCUCCUGAAAGCCUUUCAACUCUGUUUGAGGGCACCCCAAGUAUCCGAAAAGAUGCACAAAAGUUUAUCGAGCUCAGAGAGGAUUACAAGAGUGCAAAACUCGCAUCCCGACUUAGUUCUCUAUGGCAAAGCUCAAGUUGAUAGGAAACCGGACUUAAAUCCGAGCUAUAACCUCGCAAGUCUUGUAUUUUACCAUCCAUUUAGCUCUGUACAAGCUGCAUGACAUCAUAACACACCCGAAUUAGUAGCGUUACCGAUAUAGAAUUGGUCACCGCUUCAACUGAUGAACAGAAAAGCUGAGCUGAGUAGAUUUCUCAUCCUUUGGUCACUGUUUAUCAUUAUAUUGUUUGUGAAAAGAAUCCAAGUUUGAAUGCAUUUCUCUGAAGUUGUUAGGAGUAUGACAUAGCUUUGUUAUUAAGAUUUGAGUUCAUAGGUUGGCUUUGUGGGACAGGUAACUUUAGGGAAGGGAACUCAAUUAUUUCCCAUGUUUGUUGUAAGUUUGUAAAUGAUUUGCCCUGUGUGGGGCUUUGAUAACGAUAGUGUGAUGGUUUGUUUAAAUGCUCUCUCCA